CCAUAAGUCUGUCAGAGACAUACUGACCUGCACGCUGCAGUGGGUAUCUAGCUGAAGAGAAUCACAUUUCAAAAGGAUUUAUAUCCCAUCUACCUGCUCUGAAGCAGCCACCAUGGUUCUGCAGGAGAACGAUGACUCUGUCUUUGAGCCCCAAGUCACCGAGGAGCACGUGGAGACUCAGUAUGGGGACGUCCACUGCAUCUUGACAGGAACUCCAAAAGCGAACCGACCCGUCAUCCUGACCUUUCAUGAUGUUGGACUGAACCAUAAAUCUUGUUUUGAGACUUUGUUCAACCAUGAAGACAUGCAUGAAAUUGUUCGUCAUUUACCUGUUUGUCACGUUGAAGCUCCUGGACAACAUGAGGAAGCCAAGACUCUGCCCACUGCGUACACCUACCCCACCAUGGACCAGCUCUCUGAGGUUCUUCCCUCUGUCCUCAAUCACUUUGAGGUGAAUAGUAUAAUUGGUGUGGGAGUUGGAGCUGGAGCUUACAUCCUGGCCAGAUUUGCCCUGAAUCACCCUGAUUUAGUGGAUGGAUUGAUUCUGAUCAACAUUAACCCCAACGCAGAGAGCCUAAUGGAUACUGUUGCAAACAAGAUUACUGAUUGGACCCUCACUCUUCCAGACAGAGUUAUCACACACUUGUUUGGAAAGGAUGAGAUCCAGGCAAAUCACGACCUUGUGUCAACAUAUCGUCACUACAUCACAACAACAAUGAACCAAUCCAACGUGAGUCAGUUUCUACGUUCCUACAACAACCGCAACGCUCUGGAGAUAGAGAGGCCUGUACCUGGAGGGAACGUCAAUGUCAAGACACUCCUGUGUUCAUCCCUGUUGGUUGUUGGGGACAGUUCUCCUGCUGUGGAAGCUGUGGUUGACUGCAACUCUAAACUGAACCCCACAAAGACCACACUGCUCAAGAUGGCAGACUGCGGAGGACUUCCCCAAGUUGUUCAGCCAGCCAAAGUGAUUGAAGCUCUUAAAUAUUUUAUCCAAGGAAUGGGAUACUUGUCCAGCGCCAGCAUGACCAGACUUCGCUCAAGAACGACCUCCAGCUGCAGCAAUAUGUCAGUCGAUGGCUCUCGAGGCCGCGCUCACACCAAUGAGCAUAGACGAACACAUUCACAUGGCACCGAGGAGAGGCGCGGCCGUGCACACACUGAUGUCUCCAUGGAGAGUAUUUCUACCAUAAGCCAGAACGUCUCAAACACGGCUGAACUGGCAUGCUAGAGUAUCAGUGCCGCUUAGACCCUCGCACUUAACUCAGUUCAAAACUCACUGUACCUGCACUUACAUCUUUAUUAGUAAUUUCCUUAAAGUAAUCCAGUCAUCAUAUUUAUUUUGUCUGUCACAUAAAAGAUCACAUAUAAUUUUAACUUAUUUUAUUCUUGAUUUUCUUUUGCCUGUCUAAUGAUGUCCUCUUUUACCUUGAUUACCAGCUUGUAUUAGUUGUAAGCUUCGUUGUGUUUUUCAUUUCAAAUAAAGUAGAGGAGAAAAUAAUUCAAGUUGUCAGGUAAUUCUGGUGUACAGUGUUGUUGGUGUUUUGUCUUGAGAAGUUGUAGUUGCAAUUGCUGUAAAAAUUUUAAUAAAAUGUGAAAAUAAAGGGAGAAAAUGUCAGACUUGUAGGACUGAAUUGUAUCUGGUGAUCAUGGAAACUCAAUAUUAUUAACAGUUGCAGUCAACAACAGCGUUCAUAUUGUGGUAAUUUCUAAGCACUUUAUUUAACUGCAAUUGGCCAAACAAUUCAUUGAAAUUGUUUCAUGCUUGAAAUUAAACUUAAGUUAAUAUAAAUUAAAAGCUAUGAUUAUAUGUCCUGAAAA